UAAAUUGGGAUACACUUUCUGACUUUAUAGAUAAGACCUUUUAUCAAACGACAAGGUGACUCUUCUCAUCUAUUAAAUUUCUUUAUAUGUCAACGUACCACAGAACUUCCAAAUGAGAGCUCUUUCUUUUGCAGCCAUUUUUCGGUACUCAGCUGCCUUCAUUUUCACCAUUACAUCAUUCAAUGAACUGUACAAUGGCUACCGAUUUGAAUAUCACGCACCGAACGGUCUACUUUUGAUUCACAACAACGUCAAAUGUUUCCUUGUCCACGUCGAUCACCGCCUCAGCGAGGCGUUCAACAAUCAAACUGAGAAGGACAGGAUUAAGGAUGACAUACUGGCCAUAAUAUCGGACGGAACUUCAGCCGUCAAUGUGUCAUCUGACGUCCUCCGUUUCGACUACAGCGACUACCUGGCCGCAUCCCAGUGCAGAGACCUCCAAGUCUACAAGCUCCCCUACACCUAUGACACACAAGCUGGUGUGGAAAUGACGACUGUCUACUAGUCUCGGCUUAAAAUCGGGAUGAUUGUUUACCCAAAGUGAAAACCGAAUUUAAAAAGGAAAAUAUAUUAUUUUAUUAA